AGAAGCCUUGCAGGGAGAUGGUAUGUUGCCAUCACUCCCUCUCUCUCUUGGGAACUCAGUUUGUAGCUGGCAAGUAUGUCUGGAGCAAAGAGAACCGUCAGCAGUGAAUAUGUGCUACCUUAUUACACAGCCCGCGACUACCGCGGGAUGGGCGUUUUUAACAAUUCCAUGGGGGAUCUGCAGUGGCAACUGUACAAGGGAGGGGAGUAUGAGAUCUUCAGGUAUGCACCAAUGUUUGAGAGCGACUUUAUCCAGAUCAGCAAAAAAGGAGAGGUGAUUGACGUGCACAACCGUGUCCGAAUGGUGACCGUGUGCAUUGCAUCUACCAGCCCCAUGCUCCCGCUACCUGAUGUCAUGCUGCUGGCCCGGCCAGCCAAAGCCUGUGAUGAGCAUGUCAAACGUGGCCCGCUCACCAAGAAAAGAAAUCAGAAGCCCUCGAGGACUCUGGAGCUCACCAGGCUUCUUCCUUUGAAGUUUGUCAAGAUCUCCGUCCAUGAUCGUGAGAAACAACAGCUGCGCCUUAAGCUUGCCACGGGUCGGACUUUCUAUCUGCAGCUGUGCCCUUCUUCAGAUACACGUGAAGAUCUCUUCUGCUAUUGGGAAAAGCUUGUGUAUCUCCUGAGGCGACCAGCAGACAGCAGCAGUAGUACCCCAACUGUUCAGACCGCGGAUACAGCCUGUUCUGAUGAUAAGAGCCUAUUGGCUUCAGACCUCUAUGAAGAAGAGGCUCUGGAUUCUGGGCUUCUGAAGCUUUCUGAGGUGUGUGGAGCCACCUCUUCAGCUUUUGCUGGAGGAGAGGGAAUCCAACUUGCUACUGCUGCUGCAGGAUCCACCAAAGGAGGAACAGCAACGACAACGGGUGGUGUGGCAGCUGUGGGGUCGACAACCAGUUCUACAACAGGGAUGGUCAUAGCAGGGACAACAACGCGCCCGGGAGCCACAGCCGGUGCGAUGGGCCUGGCAGCAACUAAGUCCGCAAGCUCAGGCCAGGUAACCACAGCCCUGGCAGGCACUGCCACCAAGGAGCCAGGAAAGGACGUAGCCAGCAAGGCCAUGGCGGCUUCUGCCAACUUAUCCUCAGAGGAUAUCAAAGUGCUGCUGGCAGGUGCUGCUACAAGCACCUCCUCAAUGGGCACUUCCACGGCAGGGGCCACCAGCAUCUCCCAGGACAACAGCAUGAACAUGGUUUUUGCAGGUGCUAUGAUGACUAGCGGGCCUGUGAGAGAAAAAGCUGCACAGUCACAGGCAGCACCUCUUGUAUCAACCUUGCAGAGCGAAGGCUACAUGUGCGAACGGGAUGGCAGUCAGAAGGCUCCCCAGGUCAAAGCGGAGGCCAGGAAGGAAAAACGGGGAAGAAGAGAAAAGAAAGACAGAAAUGCCAGUAAGAAAAGUUCACAUCACCACAGGACAGGUGAAAGACAUGGGCACAGGUCAGGUGGGGACAAGAGCCGGAAGUCAACUGCCCACCUGUCUGUGUCUGGCCAUAAGAACAAGAGAGAUGAAAGAAAAGAAAAAAGGCGGAGUCACACAAGGAGCAAGGGGCACGGCUCCUCUCACAAAGGUGCCAGCCACAGCUCCUCCAACAAGGAGUCCAGGUCCUCUCACAAAGUGGGGAAGAAACGAUCUUCAGCCAGUUCAAGCUCUUUAAGUAAGAAAUCUAGUAAAAUCAGCUCAUUUUUUAGGAACUUCAUAACUGUGCCUGCUUCAAAAACAACCAUCACAUCAGCUGACAGAGAAGUAGGUAUUGUGUCAAAGACAGUGGAGAAGUGCAACAUACAGGCGAAGGUGGAGACAGGCCAGAAAGGCCAGGAGCUGGAGAUCAGUGGCACCAUGAUGUCUGAGACAAAGGAGACCGUCAUCUUUGAGGCCAAAUCCAUUUAAAUAGGAGCUGAACUGGGAAGCUGAAACAAUAACAACAGAGAGCUGGGCUCAGGAAAGGAUCCCCAGUGAGCCAGUCACAGUUUAAAUAAUAAAGA